AUAAUUUCUCUAGCUAUCUUCAGACAGAUAUAGUAUCUAUGUGAAUAUCGUAUGAUAAAUCUUACGACACAAAUAUUUACGUAAGAAGAUAAGAAGCAAGCGAUGUUUAUAUACUUAGGGUAACGCUUCAGAAAUAUUGUCCAGUCAGUUUCGCAUUGUCACCAUCGUCUGUUUUAGAAACAUUUAGUGUAAUUUAGGAAAAUGAUAAACGCGAAGAUUAUCGACAUCGAAGUGAAAGAUAUUCGCUUCCCGACAUCAUUAAAUCAUGAUGGGAGUGAUGCAAUGCAUACCGAUCCUGAUUAUUCUUGCGUGUAUAUAAUAAUUAAAACAGACAAGGAAUAUAAAGGAUAUGGCCUCACAUUUACGUUGGGAAGAGGAACUGAAAUCGUCGUGCAAGCAUGUAAGGCCUUGGCUAAGAUUGUAAUGUAUCGAAGACUAACAUGGAUUUACGAUGAUUUUGCGAAAUUUUGGAGGCGUUUAUCAAGUGAUUCGCAAUUGAGAUGGGUCGGUCCAGAGAAAGGUGUGAUACAUCUAGCUAUGGCGGCUAUUAUAAACGCAUUGUGGGAUCUGUGGGGACGGAUCGAGAAAAAGCCUGUCUGGAAGCUUCUUUCGGACAUGAGCCCCAAGGAGCUCUGUUCUGUUAUAGACUUUAGAUAUGUGAGAGAUGAGAUAGACGAGGUUAAAGCGACACAAAUACUUGAGAAAAAAAUGAAGCUCAGAAAAAAACAGGAAAAGGAGCUUCUGAAGAACGGAUAUCCCGCAUACACGACUCAGGUUGGAUGGUUGGGUUACAGCGACCAGCAAGUCGAAGAUCUCUGCAAGAAAUUCUUGGACCUUGGUUAUACAGCGUUCAAAAUCAAAGUAGGCAGGGACCUACAAGAUGACAUUAAAAGAUGUGAACUAAUACGCAAGGUGAUAGGCUACGAGAAUAAAUUGAUGUUGGACGCAAACCAAGUGUGGGACGUAGACGAGGCGAUCAAGUGGAUGCUGGAGUUGGCGAGAUUUAAACCCUUUUGGAUAGAAGAACCAACAUCUCCUGAUGAUAUUCUUGGACACGCAACGAUACUCCAAGAGUUACAGAAGCAGAAUAUCGGAGUGGCCACUGGCGAGAUGUGCGCGAAUCGCGUCAUGUUCAAGCAGUUACUAAAAUCCAAAGCAAUCAGCUAUUGUCAGGUAGAUUCGGCGAGGAUGGGCGGGAUUAACGAGAUCCUAGCUGUAUACUUAAUGGCAUACAAACAUGGAAUACCAGUUUGUCCUCAUGCUGGUGGAGUGGGUUUAUGUGAGAUGAUUCAGCAUCUUCAAAUGUGGGACUAUAUUUGCUUAAGUCAGACCACUCACAAUCGUAUGAUAGAAUUUGUAGAUCAACAACACGAACAUUUUGAGGAUCCUGUUCGUAUUGAGAAUGCUUGUUACAUGCCGCCUAUGAAUCCUGGAUACUCAACUAAACUUAAGGACGAAUGUAUCUUAGAAUACGCUUAUCCAAAUGGCAAGCAAUGGAAAGACAAGGUUACUGAAGAAAUAGAAGAAAAAGAUGAUUAAAGAUUUUUUGAGCAAAUC